AUGGCGAUGCAAGCCACGUCCGAACGACCUAAAGCGUCUCUACUCACCCUUCCCUACGAGCUCCUCGAGCAGAUCUUCGAACACCUCUUCCAACGCCCAGAAGGACCGAUCAUAGUCAAAGGCCAUGAAAUCCUCUUCCGCCACCACUCCGACAAAGCCCGUCCUCUCGUCGGAGAACGACCACGCGCUUACCUGCUCCCCAACAGCUCGAAUGGAGAAAAAUCCCCCUCCCUCUACAGCACACAUCCCCUCGGGCAGGUGAACACCCAACUCCGACGCGAGAUCUCGACGUUCCUACGCACCGCCGCCGUCGACGUCGUAACGAGGGUGGAAGGAUUCGAUCACAGCCAUUUGAUAACUCUCCUCAAAUCCCUCCCGCCGACGAAACUGAAAUCUCUCACCGUCGACCCCGACGCAGACGCGGAGCACACCCGGACUCUUCGCAUCCACCUCUCUCCCGCAUACACCCCAGCCUGGACAACGCACCUCACCGCGUACCUCACCGCCAUCUCCGCCCUCAUCCCCCAAGAUCAAGAAAUCUCCACGGCCAUCGCCCUGCUUCCCCAGCCCGAAGCGCAUCGUCCUCAUCUGGGGGUGUUGUACACGCUGUAUCGCCAUUGGAAGGAGGGGAUGCGUGAGGGGCCGGCGAGGGAGGAGGUGAGGAAGAUUUUGGGGGUGUUUUGGGCGAGGGUGAGGGGGGAGGGGGUUUGCAUGACGGGGCGGUGGAAGAUGAGGGAGAGAGAUGGGAAGUUGGAUGCGUUUGAGAGGGAUCUGUUGUGGUUGGGAGGGAUGUGGAUGUAUAUAGCUGGUGCGAAUGUUCGUCGAUUGGAUAUUCAGGAGUCUAACUUUUCCCUCGACUUGGCGAGUGCGCAGCGAAACAAGAGACACGUAGAUAGACAGAUGGAUUGGAUGUGCUCAAACGUCUCCAGCUCUCAUCAACCAUGCACAAGCGGCGCAAGAAACCUACGCCGUCAAGUCUACCACCGAACCUAUUCAUUCAUCCGCGCAGAGGAACGGAGACAACAUUACAUCCGAUCGCAACUCUCGCCUGAGGGGAAAUCUGUGGCACGCUCCCGCGCAAACGGCUCGCUUUAUACAGAUCAUCCGAGGGUCAGGUUUAGGGGAGGCGAGGGGAACAAUCUUCUACUUCAGCGCAGGAUUGUGCUUCUAGUCGGGAGGGAGGUGGACUCGCGUGGGUUUGAGGCCCAGGCACCGCGCUGCUACAACGAAGUUUGGGCGACUUGCGGUUAUCUGCGAAGGUGUUUCCUCCAGCGUAGCUUGCAUCAGUCUCGGCUCGAAGUGCUCGUGGGUCGAAUGAACCCUCGAUUGCUUCUUGGGCAGGCUGAUCCACGACGAAUGUUUGAAGUCACUGUCGGCCGCUUCUACUUGAGGGGAAUGUCGCUUGAAGGGAUGCUCAAGAUGCAAUUGACCAAUCAAGAGGCCUGUUUUAUGCAUCGGAGGCCGACCCACGGGAACCGAUGUCCGACACAGACAGGUGGUGUUGCUGGAGGUGCAGCAACUGGAAACAUGUGCGGUAAAAGUCGGACCCUAGAGGGAGACCAGGGGAGGAGUGAGGUGCUAUUCAUGUGGGUCAGCUUAGAAUCAGGGCGCGACAGGGAUCAGGUGGGAGCUCGUGGUUCACAAAUCCAGCCGCAGAAAGGAAGGGACAACAGACAGACGGAGGGAGUGAGAACGUGGGCAGGAGCGAGAAGAUAA